ACUACGUUUUUUCUUAUUUGAUUUGUUUGAUCAUUUUCCAUGAUAGUGGCAUGAAAUUGAGGGAUAUGAUGUUGUGAAAAAUCAUUUGCAUGAUUUGGCGUGAGUAAAUUAUACUAAUUUUGGCCCGUAGAAAAAUCCAUAGGUAUUCGCCAGUUGCACUUAUACACCACAACACUAUUUCAUGCGUUCCUAGCAGAAUUGAAUUAUUCUGUAGUAGGUUCGAAUUGAAGCUACGCACAACCACUUUAAACUGAUAAAAUGCGGCUAUUAUUAUGAGAGUAGUCGCUAAUCUGUUGAAAAAUCCAUAAAGAGAGAUGUGGCCAUGGUAACGCAGCAAUAAAUUCUUGCAUGAUCAGCAUUAGGGCGUUCCUUUAACGCAUUAAAACUUCCUCAGUUGAAUCGUUAGAUUAAGAGGCAUAGGGCCUAAAAACUACUGUAAACUACAUGGUUUUGGUUCGACACAUAACCUCGAAAAACAAGAAACAUUGAGAAAAUGUUAGUAGUCAUUGAGAGCUAUCUAAAAUCUUCGCAAAAAAGAUUGAGUUUUGGAAAAUAUCCCAUGGCAAUGUCAACCAUUUCAUUUGCAACUAAUUUUUUUAACAGGGAAGCGUCUUAAGGUGGAAGGUACUUGUGAGGUGUUAUUGUAGUUUAUUUAAAGAAAGUGUAUAAUUUAAAUUGUUAUAUUUUUCAACUUUAAAUAUACAUAUCAGUCUGAAUGUCAAAAUAAUUAGACAUAGCAAUUUCAAUUUUUUUUAGCUAUCUAGAAUUGUAGACGAAAUUUAAUAAAACACCCCUAGAAUAAUGAUAUUUUGUCUAUUGUUUGAAACAAUAGGAGAAUAAGGAUAAUCACCAUCCUGGUUGGGAUUUUGAUAUUAGAUUAUAAAAAAGAUGUAGUGCAGACACUCUAUGGAAAAUAUCAAGCUGUUUAAAUAUCUUUUAUUAAACUUAAUAACUUCUAUUAUCAUUAACUACCUGCUUUUAUAUUCAGCAAUACAAGUUUUAUUUACUCAUUCAUGAAGAACGAAUACAGUACUAUAAACGAGCUCAACAAUAACUCUGUUGCUAAAGUAAUAUGGAUUUCGUUGAUAUGGAAUGACCCACUGUGCUUUUAUAUUUACUACAAGCUAUACUAUAGUACUUAUUUAGUAUUCGCACGCGUAUGAGUAUGCACCUAACUUUAAUUCGGAUAAAAAUGAGGACAUUUUGUACAGACCGGGAGAGACAGUUACACCUUCUUGGAUUGUAUAAACGUAAGAGAUAUCUAAAAGCGCCUCGCAUAGACAUCAUAAGAUUGAUAUGCCGAAAGAAACUAAAAGUUAAUCGCUGGCGUAAUACCGUAAUCAACACAAUAAAAACAGCAUUGUAUGGCGGAAUGUUGGAAAUCGAGGAAUGCGUGCGUGUAUUGAAUGAUAAGAUAAAGUCUGCUUAGACGAUAGCUCAAGUUAACCGUCAACAAACACAGCUGAAACCUAUAGCUUGCAACAAACUGUCCACCAAGACAGCUUAAAACAAACUGUCAAUAAAGACAGCUUAAAAACACAAACUGUCAACAAGGACAUUAGUUGUAUGAAGAAAACUAAGGACUAAAUAUAUCCCUUAUGUUGCUACACGCCGCACACCUCUAAAUUUCCCCAAACGGCAUACAGUGAAAAUUAUUAAACCUGAAAUGAUGACGAGGUGGAUUGAUCCCAGCCUCGAGUUGGGGCCUGAGUCAUACACAUCCUUCGGGAGAGUAGUGUGUGUCUUCCUAUCCAAAUGAAGGUAACGGCGAUAGGCGUCGCUUGACCACCUACCUAGAAUCUGUAUAGUGCUGUGGGGAAUACCAGCUGACGCAGCGGCUGAAACGCCACCGAUAUAGCAAGAUACAGCAAGAUAUUAACAAUUUGUUGAGCAGUGAAAAAGAACAUAUAUAUAUCAGGGUCAUUAUGCCCCUGUCCCUACAAAUAUCAGUUUUCCACACUUGGGCUAUAGAUGCAUUGUCGGUAUAGAAUAUUACUUGUUGGUUACGCCAUUCAGAACCCCAGGUCAUGACAGCUGCUACAAUGGCAAAAAGUUCCUGAACGUUUAUGUGAAAAUGACAAGGUAACUUCGGCCAGGGUGAAGAAAACCAGCAGUGCUUAUACACUGCUCUAAAACCUAAACCUGAGGCAUCUGUAUACAGACAUAAAGAGGCUGCUGUAACCGGCUCUUUUUGAAUGAGGCAUACCCCAUUCCAUUCAGAAAGAAAUUCCAACCACCACCUAAUGCCCGCCCGAGUUUUGGCAUUGAAAUAAAUGUGGUGGUUCAAGCAAGAGACUAAAGUGGACAAAUUAAUCAACCCAAAAACAUUCUGCCGGUUUAACAACCUUCAAUGCGAAGGAUAAAGACCCAAUUAAAGAGAGAAGCUCGCGUUUGGUGUACUUUUUCUUGUUGUGCCAGCUUAGCAGAUUAUCCUGCAACUCUGUAUACUUCUCUGUGGGUAGCCGAAUGAUUUGUUGAGAUAUAUCGAUCUCAAUUCCUAGAUAUGUAAGUGACUGUGCAGGCCCCACUGUUUUGUCUUCGGCUAAAGGCACUCCUAACUCAGAACAAAGAGACUGGAUAGCAUAGAGAUGUGUCUCAACCUCUUCUCUUGAUUUCCCACAGACAAAAAAACAUCAAGAUAGUGUAGGACAAAAGGAAUCCCUAAGACCACGAUAAAAAAUCCAACAUAAGACGUCUGCGACUGUGUUGAACAUGAUGGGAGAUGAACGGCUACCAAAAGGAAGACGUGGAUCAAUAAAAUAAUAUCUCUGCCAACAGUAACCUAUUAAACCCCAUUGUCCUGUCUAACAGGACAAAGCCUAAACGCAUGCCUUAUGUCCACUUUAGCCAGAAAGAUGGAGUUGAGGCCUGUGGACUUGUCUGUGCCACUGCACCACGUAGAGAGCAUGAGGAUGAUAGAUGUCCAUAUUUCCUACAGCGAUAGCAGAGCGCUUGAAGUGGAGUGUUCCGCAAGUAGCAGUUGUAUAAAUCGUCAUCGACCCGAUUCCAAGAAAGGGUAGAAUUAAAGGCCAUUUGUUACCUAAACAUCCGAUCGUAUGUGGACCAGCCGAAAAAUGUAUACUGGGCAGCAAAUUUGCACAUGAAUGCCUGAUAUUGUAAAAGUGCGGAUACCCGGUGAGGAAAAAAGGAACCAAAGGUCUGAAUAAAAUUAUUCCAGGCAAACAUCCAUGAGGAAAAAUCACUAACCUUAGGACAAUGGUUUUGUUGUGGCACCAAGGUGACAGAGCAAGUAGACCCACCAGAGACCUCCAGGGUAAGUUCAUCAGCAGAUGGGACCGUGGAAGGAAGCAAUUGGUCAAAAUUGACAUUGGCAAAGCUGGCAAGGACGCCGCGCAUGCUGGAGUUGCCUGUGAAAGACUUGGUCGAAACGCGCGAGAAAUACAUCCAGUUCUAUCUACGUUGUCUAUAGAAAUAUGUUCGUUAUAAAAAUUAGCUGUGGUAUUAAAGUUAGUAUUAAAAUCACCUGAUUUCAAAGCUGCAGGGCGAGUCGUACUAAGUUCUUGAGGCACAGAAACAACUCCGACCGUGUUCUCGAAAUAACGUGCCACUUCUGAUCGUAUUAUCGCACUAACAUCAAUUGUGGUUGGUUGUUGUGUCGUUAUUAUCACAAGUCCAGAUACGCUAUUCUCCAGGCGACUUGGUUCAGAAGUUUUUAUGGUUACUGUUGCUGUUGCCACAGUUGGUUGAACAGUUGUUUGGCACACCGCAGCAGUAAAGGAUAUUACUGGCGGUUGUCGGAGGAGUGGAGAAGCUUGUGACGAGGAGAAAGGUGGAGGAUGUCAGGCUCGGUAUCGGGGAGACCCAAACCAAAUGCGUGUGUUUCCAACCUUACCCUUAAGACGUAUCUCAUGGAAGCGUCUGCGUCUUUCGUAUAAAUAAGGUUUGUACACUUAAACGAUUUAUUUAAUAUAAAAGUCAAUCCAUACUGCAAAUGAACUUUUGUAGGGGAGGUUGCAGAAUUUGAUUUCAGACAAUAUGGAAUGUGACAUUUUUCAUUUCUGGAUAGACACUUUGUAUAUGCAGAUUGAAAAUCAAAUGUGCAUAUUGAAAAACAAUUCUGUUACAUAUAUGAUAGGUAUAUAUUAUACAAAUUGUUCCAAAAGAUUGUGUUCUUUAUGAUGGAAUUUCCAUUGAAACAGAGACUUUCGUGUUGUUACAGGUUUCAACAGUAUAUGUCCAGCACAAACAAGCAUUACAAGCUUACCUAUAUAUACAGUUACAAAAGUGUUAAGAAAUCUAUGGUAAAUAAUUUAAUAGUUAGGAAUAAGGUUAGAAAAAAGGGUUUACAAAUAUGCUAUAUCACAAAGAGGCGAAUAGGAAACAUAACAAUGCUACAUUACGAAUAGAAUGAGAUAUUAAGCGAAUCUACACCUUAUCACACAAAAAACUGUCGAAAAAAAAGGUGACGAAAAGUUUGCCUGGCGAAUAAUCUUGCCCGUCGAAAUAUUAGAAUGCUCACUUAAAAGGUACAGCGUAGUUAAUAUCUUUUACUAUCUACAUAAGAAAGUGGAGGAAAAAAACGUAAACAGAAAAGUUCAAAAUAAAAAAGUGACGAAACUUUCUUUAGUUGACUAAUGUCCAGCGAUAAAUGUUGUUAGCUAAAUGAACAUUUUCUGUGACAUAUUUUUGUCCGAUAAUGUAUACAACAAUACGCUGUAUACAUAUUUUAAAUGCAUGUCUACAGACAAGGAACUAUUUAUUGGCAAAGCAAUGAAAAAACUGGCAAGAAAAAGCAAGUAUAUUGAAAAUAAAAGUUUAUUAUUAGCGCAGACAGCUGGUUAUUUGUGUUGAAAUGGGUAUAAAAUAUGUAUACAGACAAGAUGCAAUAAUCCAAAGUUUUUCACGUGAUUAUGGAAUCUAAAAACCGCAGCCAAAUAAUUUAUCAACACAUGUCUACCACACAUAGCUACUAAACAUGCGUAUAUAUCUAUAUCAUUACUUUGCUUUAAGAGAGUGAAAAUUUCAUGAUUCCAGGUUCGUUGCUUAUUGUCCAUAGGAAACCAAACUUCCGAACAUAAUGUAAAUAUAAGUACAGCUCAGUAUUACUGGAUGCCAUAGGCUGCGCAGGGUCGAUCUUAUUAAUUUCCGCGUUCAACUUUGUUGUUUUUACAAAAUAAAAUUACGAGGUUCAAGACUUUAAAAAGUUCCGCCGAAUUUAUUCUCGCAGUUUGCAAAAAAUACCUGAUAUUUCGCGGAUUUUAAUUUAGCGAAUUUUUAAAGAAACAUAGAGAGAUAGAGGUAGUGAGACGAUGUAGAACGUAUAACAAGGGUUGAUAUGCCAAGGCUAAAACAUUUUCCCUAUGCCCCGGAAAACAUUGCCAUGAAAUGAUAAUGUUUCAUUUUAACUUUUAGUUAAUAAAAAUACAGAUUAUAAAUAAUAACAGAAUGUCCACAGAAUGUUUUAUGUAGACAGAAAGUUUUCUGGUCAACGCACUUUUCUUGUUUACUUGCUUGUGUGCCAGACGAAACAAGUUGAUGCUAUUUGAUUUACAAUAGUUUGGUUGUUAUGGUUUCUCGGGAAAAAAUACUGUAUUUUUAAUGAACUAGUUAACUAGAUAAGGUAUAACGACUCUUUAUGGUUUGUUGCUGCUCGUCAUUCAAAUUCAAAACCUCCUUUACUCUAUACGUAUGCGUAUACGUACAUUUUUGAAAAAUGCAGUAUGUGUAUCACACCAUCGGUGAUUAAAUCUAAAGACACGAAGGUAGUGUGCCAAUUUUAACAAAGCAUUCUCUUUCCAAAGCUUUUAUACUAAAAGUUUACUACGUCCAUAUAUUUUCGCGGGCAGAAGCUUUCGCAGGCAGAAACUUUCGCGUAUCAAAAAACCCGCCAAAAUUUAUGCUAAACUUUUGCGUUUCGCGGUGUUUGGAAUAAAUUUUAGGGAAAAAAAUUUGCAAAUCGAAGAAAAAGGUUUUUUUCUAGUAAAAAAACUUUCGUGGAUGAGCAAAAAUUAGGAUUAUAAGGUAAAAAAAAAUAGAACUAACUUUUCCCACUCAGUUUCCUCAUCGGUUCCUCCAUCCAAGACAGAGCCUUUGGCAACCUUUUUAACUUUACCCCUAGUCGUAAACACUCCACCUUUUCCAGCGCAAAAUAAAAAAAAAAGAAGAAAGCUCAGGGAAAUAUUUAGCGUGGUAAAGGGAAAGAAAAAGAAAGUUAUAGUAAUAGAUUGAUAGACUAAAAAAAGGAAAGAUUGUAUACAUAUUAAUAAUAUCCAUCCAUGUGUCAUUGAUUUUUUGAUAACAACGAAUUUCAUGAAGGGGCCUUAAAAAAGAUUUUUCGCGUGAAAAAAACUUUUGCGUUUUGCUGUUUUUAAAUUUCCAAAGGCAAAAACUUUCGCGAAAAAGGGUAAACACGCGAAAAUCUCUACCCGCGAAAGUUUCUGCCUGAAGUAUUCCCUCAGCUGUGAACAAGACGUAUCGUUUGAAACUGUCCAAGGGUAACUGUUCAAUGUUAACUACGGUGUCCCCUUAUGGUAAACAUGAUAUUUUUAUCUUUGGAUUGGAUCUUAUUAGCAGUUAAAGUUGCACAUUGCAAGAGCUAAAAACAGGUCAGUUAGCUUUAAUUUCAUUAUGGAUCAAUAUCACUACGUAAACAGAAAACGAUAUAAGAAGGGCCUGCGCGUCGGAUUAAACCUUUGUUUCUUAGGUCACACAACAUAAUUUCGCUACAUACGAUGCUCUGAAUUCUCUACCGUGCUUCAUAUUUUAUCUGUUUACGGAGUGUGGUUUCUAUACGUAGUAAUACUCCGUAUAGCUGCUAUACGGAGUUUGGUUUAGCUAACGGAGUCUGCCAACGAAUGUUCUUAAAGUGAAAUAUUGCAAUAUAUGACUGUUUAAAACUAUUCCCGAAAAAAAUAAAAAAUAAUCACCAUAAAGAACAAGUUAAAAAGACAAGCCAUGAUUUUCCUAAUUUUUUAUCCAUCGUAAACGUACGAAGUAGUAGCUAUACGGAGUGUGACAGGCUUCAUAUACGAAGUAUGCUAUACGGAGUGUGACAGACUUAGAAUACGGAGUGUGACAUGCUUAGUAUACGGAGUAGUAUGACAUGCUUAGUAUACGGAGUGUGACAUGAUUAAUAUACGAGUAGUGUGACAUGCUUAGUAUACUGGGUAUGACAUGCUUAGUAAACAUAAAAACGUGUAAAAAUAGGUGAAGGUCUACCUUCUACCACCACCAAGUAAUAUCAAAAAACUAAAGUUUAGGAAUUGGAAUGCAACAUUCCAGGGCCUUUAUUCUUGCAGCAGACCCAAGAAUAAACGCCGCGAAAUCAAAUCUUAGAGUGUAAUUUCGUAUCUUGGAGAUUUUACGUAGAAUAUUAGAAACAUUCUCAAAAAGUGUGUUACUUUUAUCUUCCCAGUCUUUAUAGAACCAUACACGAUAUCCCCCCGGUCUUCCGUGGGUUUCGGGCGUUACAGGGUUCAGGGAAAAAACGAAAGUGAAAGAAGCCCACGUUGCCGCCACUUUUUCCUGGUGUCAAAAGUGCCCGCGGUUUGAGAAAAGACAAAAGAUAGCCAAGCAUCAUUCAACCAAGGUUAUGGAGAUAAAGCAUUUUCCAAAAUUACAGUAGCUUGCUGUUAUGGAUAUUUUUAUACAAAUGGAGUGAGUUAAACUUCAGAUUCAACUGAGUUUUCAGAGCAGCCCAUAAAAAACUGCUAAAACACCUUAACUAAUAGAAUGAACUUGUUAAUACCAAAUGAGGGGAAUAUGCUGAACAUCGCAAUACUGUUUUUAAGCUGUUACAUAAAUUAUGUGUCCAGUUUAUCUCUCACCUCUCCUGCUAUAAUAGAAGAAGUUGUUAAUAGAUCUGUUACCAUUACAUACGUUACUGAUGCUGCUGAUAAUGUUAUUUUUAUUUUUGAAAUUUAUUAUAAUGACUCCCUGAUUGCUAGUGGUACUAAGUCAGUGUUAGCGGAAACUUCUUCCAAACCAUUUGGUAAUCGACUGCGUGCAUCUUUAUCGUUACAAAAUCAAAAGAAUUACAGUCUGCAUAUAGAUAAUCUAAAAUAUAACGAUACUGGAUUAUUCUUUGCAAAAAUCAAUUUUUUUGACUUAAAACUUAAAAUGAAUAGCACUACAAAGUUGAUUAUUUAUGGUGGUCCAAGUAUAAUAUCAAACUUAUCAUCAACCUAUACUGUAGAGGAAAAUACAACAAAUUACAAGGUACCUAUCAUUUUACAAGGACAUCCAAAACCACAAGUUACUUGGGAAUUUGCUGGAAACAAGAAUGUAAGGGUAGAAACAAUUGAUGAAAAAAAGAGAAAAUACAAAUACAUUCUUACUAUACCAAUGAUUACGAGAGAAAUGAAUGGAAAAGUUCUCAGUUAUAAAGCAGUUGGUUAUAAUGAUAACGAAGUUGUUGGAAGUACAAAGCUAAAUGUUACGUAUUCUCCAACAUUCUGUGACACUGCUGUGAUAGAAGUAAUUGAAUUCGCAGAAGUUGCCUCUGCUGUGUUUACUACACAUGUAUGUGGUAAUCCUAUGCCCACUGUCUCUAUGGAUUUUGGUGGUCAAUCUGUUGCUACCGUCCUACUUGCAGAAAAAGAGAAAUACAAAUACACUGUAAAUUUAACACCGUACCUUAUACCAAAUAGAUGUGGAAAAAAACUUAUUGUUACUGCUAAAAACAAUAAAGGUGAAAGAAUCAGUAGAAUUGUGCUAAAAUACAAAUUGACUCCUGAACGUGUGAAAAAUGUUAAUUCGAUAGAAAAGGAUGGAUGCAUAUAUACUAAAUGGGAGAAAGUCAAUACUGGUGAAUGUGCUGUAUUGUACAGAAUAGAUUAUUUUGAUAGUAAAGGCUUGGUUUUGUUUUCACAAAAUAUGUCAGAGGGUAUAUAUACUGCAUCAAUGUGUGACGAAAUUAUCAUUUCAAAGGUAAACAAUUUGCGAAUUAUAGCAAUAUCUCACAGUAUAUUUAAAGUGCAAGGUAAUGGAACGAUUGUCAAAAUUGAUAAACCAACAGAUAAUGACAGUGCAGACAUAGAAAUAAUAAUUGGUAUUAUUGCAGCUGUUUUAAUAUCAAUAUUAUUAGUUGUGCUUGUUUUGAUUAAAAGGAAGCAUUGUGGUUGUAGAAAGCAGGAGACCUUUUCAGGGGAAAACUCUGGCCAAGCAGAUCCUAAUGACACAUAUUACAACGUAGCAAACUUAAAUGCAGAAUAUUCAGAACUGAACAUUAUAAAUGUUCAACAUGAUUUAUACACAGGUCUAACAAAGACACCUGAAGAAAGUCAUUAUGAAGAUUUGAAGAAGAAAGAUAUCACAGAAAAUAUAUAUACUGAUCUUAAUAAUGAUACGUAAAUGGGUACAAAGUUUUUAAAUGUUCGUCAAGAUCGUAGAACUUAAGCAGUUAACCCAGACAAAGUAUACUUCAAGUUCAUUAUAGACAUUUUAAAAAAUUAAUGUAGCCUUUAUUUACCCUCAUUGUCGAUUAGACAGUACUUUUUUAAUAUAAACCUAACAGUAGUUUCUCUUGGAAUCAAGAGUUUUGAGCUCUCUUGAGUGAAUAGUUUAUUAUUUUGAAUGGCAUUAAAUAUAUACUUCUUUAUCACUGUCUUUUAAUUGUUAACAGCUUAGAAGUGUUAAUCCUGAAACAUUUUUUUUUCAAAUUUUGAUGAAGGUAUAUGAUAUUUUCUGUUUCUGUGACACACAUUUUGAGCUAUUGUUUUAAUACAUUAAAUUUGCCGUUAAUAUUAUUGGUGUUUGAUUUUUUUUGUUAAAGUGAAACACAUAGAGCAUUAAUUCUUGCAAAGCAAAACCUGUGUCUUAAUAUUUGCGCCAUUUUGUACACUUUUAAACAUGAUCAAGUUUUUGCAAAUCACUACAAAUGCUUUUAACAAAACUCUCUAUUUUUGUGUUUGAAAAAAUAGUAACUUUAGUUCAUAUUAAUGGUUUUAGUGCAUAUUUCAAGGUUGGUAAAGUUAACGCUUCUUCAAAAAAUCUCAUGUUUUUGUUAUAUUUUCAAAGAAAACGCCUAGCUGAAAAGGGAGAGCAGUAGGGUAUCUGUUUUAUUUUUUUCACCUUCUGAUGGGAUUUUUGUAUAUUUAGUGAACAUGUAACCUGUUAAAGGGAUUUUUUAUAAAAAUAAUGAAACCUGGCUUUUAUGACCACA